CCAAUCAGGAGUCUCCCUCUCGACCAAUCAGAUGAGAGUUAGACUUCUCUUCCUGUUUGGCCGAAGGAUUCAUUAUCGUGAGAGUAAUAAAACGAUCAUCCAAAAAGUAGAAAUAAUUUAUAAUAAUUGUCAUUGUCUCAAACUUCAUCCCACGGAAGAAGUCCAACGGAUUGAGAUUCAUUUUCACGCUUUGUCGAUCAUGGGAGGCAUCAAACAAGAGCAGAGUGAUGCAUCCCAGCAGCCCAAAGCUUCACACACAGCGGAUCCCCCACAGGAUGAGCCUAAGAAGAGAGGCUGGCCAAAGGGAAAGAAAAGAAAGAAGGUGCUACCAAAUGGUCCCAAGGCACCUGUAACAGGAUAUGUCCGCUUCCUGAAUGAACGAAGAGAACAUAUGCGGGCACGAUACCCCGACUUACCUUUCCCAGAAAUCACUAAGAGACUUGGAGCAGAGUGGACACGAUUAGCCCCGAAUGACAAACAGCGCUAUCUGGACGAAGCAGAACGAGAGAAAAUGCAGUACGCCCAGGAACUGAAGGAAUAUCAGCAGACUGAGGCCUAUCAGAUCACCAGUGCUAAGAUACAAGACAAGAGGAUCAAAAAAGAAGACACUCCAUCAGUCAUCUUCAGUACUAGCUCAGGGUCAUCUUUAACAAAGGCCUCUGACCUCUCUAGCAGGUUUGACAUCCCCAUUUUCACAGAGGAGUUCCUCGAUCAGAACAAAGCUCGAGAGGCUGAAUUGCGGCGGCUUCGUAAGGCCAACAUCGAGUUUGAGGAGCAGAAUGCAGUGCUGCAGCGGCACAUUAAGGACAUGUACAAUGCUAAAGAGCGCCUGGAGGCUGAACUGGGGCAGGACGAGAAGCGAACCCAAGCUCUUCACCAACACUUGCUGGCUAUUAAACACACACUGGUCAAUAGUCUCUCAUCAGUUCCCCUACCAGGUACAGGUGAGACAGCAUCUCUUGGAAACCUGGACUCGUACCUGAGUCGUCUCAGUGGAGUUCUCGAGGGAAACCCCCACAAACACCGCGCUCUGCUCAACCAACUUUGUGAGGUCCUCUCUCAUCUGGACAGUGAGAAGUUAUGAGGAUACUCCAGGCAGAGACCCACUCGUUCUUGGAUCAGAGGGACACAUGACAGGCUUGGUGGUAUUAGCUCAAGUCAGUGCCAUUCAACAGAGCAUGUAGGCAUGAGAAGACCAGCAACGGAAAAGGGUACAAACACUUCAAAACAGCACACACAGUCCAUGUCUACAUGCCUAUCGUUUAGGAAUAUGUGUAUUCUGCAGAAUAUGUGUAUUCCUACACGUUAGUUUUAUGAAUGUACAAAUGUGUGGCAGCGUCAAGGGUUUAUACAGUUCAGGUUUUCACCAAAUACAGUGUAAUUUACCCUUCAGAGCUGCCUUAAGUAAAUUUGGAUUGACUCUAACCUUAUUAUGUAGCUUUGUAUCAGCAGUUAUCUACAGGUCCACGACAUGUCCAAUACAGCAAGCCUAAUUAUCAGUUUACAGUAAAUGCCAUUUGGCAUGUGGUGGGUGGGGGAUGUGUAUGUAGUAUUAUUUAGAAUGCAUGAAAUAAAACUGGAAGGGGUAAAAAUUAAAUGUUGGGGUAUAUGUGUUUGAAUUUACAUUGAUAAUGCCAGGUUGUGGAAUGGGCAAAUAGUUUCAAAUGCUGUCAGAUUAUAUAUUUGUGAAGUAUAUUUGUAUUUUUUUCAAAUGUUCAUUAAACCAUACUGAAAAUGCUAUUUCCAACAAAA